UUACACCCUUUGCAACUUCAUGGCAGCGCCUGCAAGCCUCAGCGCCUUGUAAAACUUGGUAGUUUCGAGCAGUACUCGACGACAUUGAAUAUUUGCUCUAUCUAAGACAUACUCGCGCCUCUAUGAUGGUUCUCUCGAUUGUUAGUGCUACUUUGCAAGCUCAAGUGGGUUCAAUUCCACCGCACUUUGCAUAUGUAGCGGCAUCAAUAUUCCUUUCACUCGUUGCUUUCCGUGUAUGGAAGUUCACGAUACGACCACUUUUAUAUCCAGAGGAGCCCAGGGAGCUCCCAUACUGGAUCCCAUACUUUGGCCAUACAUUUGCAUAUGUGAGGAGCGGGCAUGAUGUUGUUAUGCAGGCAAAGGCAUACCUCAAUGGUUCAUGUGAACCCUUUGCGCUUCAACUCAAAGAUCGUAAAAUGUACUUCAUCUUGCAUCCAGACGACAGCACUACAGUGUACAGGAACACAACCACAAUGACAUUCAUCAAAAUCGUGGAGCAGCUGCAGCGAACUUUCCGCAUCUCCGAAACGACGAUGCGAAUUGCUUGGGCAUUGCCUAGGUCCAAAGAGGAGGAUCGAGUACAGACUAUCGCUGGAGUUCCAAACCCUGGUCUGAAAAGCUUGGGCGACUUGAGCAUGGAUUUCUGGAGAACACAGGUCGCGGGAAAGGAAUACGGGGCUAUUGAAGCAAAGUUCUCACGCUUGAUAGCCGACGAUUUGGCCAAGGAAGUUGCUCUUGCAGACAAAAGAGAUGGAGUGCUGAAGCUACUUCCACUCAUGCAGCGAGUUUUCCUGAGCGCGGGUCUACGCACCUUCUUUGGAGAGAAGCUCCUAGAGGUCGAUCCCGAUAUUGUAGCCAAGUUCAUCGCGUUUGACGACGAAAGUUGGAAGCUAUGGUUCAAGUGGCCAUUGUCACACAAGAUGUUUGCAAAUAAGCAGAGAGUGGAAGACUCUCUCGAGAAGUGGCUCAAAUUGCCCCGCGAAGAGAGGGUCGGCUUGGCGUAUUUGGUAGAUACGAUAGAGAAAACACAAUUGGCAAUCGGAACUCCAGUUGAGGAUUUGGCUAGGAUUAUGCAUCUAUUGGUCUUCAUUAUCAAUACGAACACAUACAAAGCUGCAUAUUGGGCUACUGCCCACCUUCUCACCAACUCUUCUAUCCGAGAUGAUAUUCAAUCCGAAGUCUUUGAGGCCCGGCAGCUCAUUGACUCGCCUCGUCUUAGUGAAUCCUAUCUUAGCCACCUUCGAAACGAAACACCCCGAAUAGCAGCUCUGUUGCACGAAUCUCUUCGUUACUACAGCGCCUCAUCCUCUAUAAGGCUUACUCUCGCCCCAGUCGCAAUCGGAAAGCGCAUCAUUCCUGCCAAGUCCGUUGUCUUCAUUCCUUUCCGUCCCUUGCACUACGAUGCGGAGGUUUUUGGAUCCGACGUCAAUUUGUUCAAUCCAGAUCGAUUCUUCAACGAUAAAAAGCUCUCAAGCUCGCAGAACUUCAAAUCCUUCAGCGGUGGUAGCAGUUAUUGUCCUGGGCGGGUGCUCGCAAGGGUGGAAUUUGCGGCCUUUGUUGGAGAACUGCUUGGUGCGUAUAAUGUAGAAGUUGUAAGCGAAUGCAGGGUGCCUACAACAGAUGAGAAAGUACCUACCAAAGGGAUCUUGAUGCCUAUGAGUGGAGAGGAUCUAAGUGUAAAAAUAUCUUAUAAGAAGGCAUAAUGAUGCAAGAAAUACAACUAGUAGGUACAAUCCGGAACACAAGGGUAAAUGUGUAGAAGUGUUGGUGCAGUGGAGUUUCCAGGAUGAAGCGGCGAUCACAAAGAUAUAACUCCAGUAUUUUGUCGCGAUAUCAAUCACGUCGGAUAGUUUCAAUCAAUAAAUAGUCAUAAUUGAAGGCUCUAU